AUGGAACGAGAGAUAUCCGGCGAAUUUUCUUCGGACGACGACGACGACAUUCUUUUAGAAUUAGGAACAAGACCACCGAGGUUCACCCAGGUACCAUCGUCAUCAGUAGCGUUACAGACGCAACUGCCCGCAGCUGUUAAGGUUGCAACAGCCACAUCAAAGGAAGACGAUGAAAACAGUAAUGUGCUAAUAAAUCAAUUGAAUAAAGCUCAAGGUGAAGCUAGCAUACUUCGUGAUAAAAUAGACUUUUUAAAAAAGGAAAGAGAAAAGGAGAAGAGCAUUCAAGCCAUCAAGGUAAAUGGAUUGCAACUCAAGCAUCUGCAGGAAUUAUCCAAACUAAAGCAAGAAUUACAGAAACUAGAAGAUGAGAAAAAAUUCUUGCAGAUGGAAGCGAGAGGGAAACCUAGAAAGGAGAUUAUCACAGCCGUGAAGGCUCCAUCAACAACAUCGUCUGCUAAUGCAAAUACAAAUAAUUUAACACCAGAUUCAUCCUCAGUCGCAAUUGAAGCCAAAACUCAGUCACCACAGUUAAAAAAACGUAAGAUGAAUGAUAAUUUGCUCAAAAAUAAUGCAGUCCCCUUAAACCCAAAUAGAAUUAUUCCUGAUGAGACAAGUUUAUUUCUUGAAUCACUAUUUCUUCACCAAAUAAUAGGUACGGAAUUGAGUACAAUCGAAAUAUUAAACAGAUUGAAGUUUGAUUACAUUACCGAGUUCAAAUUUAAGAAUUUUGUCAUUCCCAAGGGUGCGCCUAUAGGAAAGUCCAUAGUGUCCCUGCUUUUAAGAUGUAAAAAAACUUUAACCCUCGACAGAUUUAUAGACACUCUGUUAGAAGAUAUAGCGGUACUGAUAAAAGAAAUAUCGGUCCAUCCCAAUGAAUCAAAAUUGGCUGUUCCAUUUUUGGUUGCGUUCAUGUAUCAGAUUAUACAAUUUCGUCCAAGUGCUACUCAUAAUUUGGCACUGAAAGAUUGCUUUCUUUUUAUUUGUGAUCUGAUAAAGAUUUAUCAUCAUGUACUGAAAAUACCAAUACAUGAAUCGAAUAUGAAUUUGCACGUAGAACCUCAAGUUUUUCAAUAUGAACUAAUUGACUAUUUAGUUGUUUCAUACUCUUUUGAUGUCUUAGAAACCAUUCUCCGAGUAUUACAAUCACACCCUAAACAGACAUACAUGGAAUUUUUUGAUGAAAAUAUUCUGAAAUCAUUCGACUUUGUUUACAAAUUAGCAUUAUCCAUUUCAUACAAACCAAUGAUAAACGUAAUGUUUAGUGCAAUUGGGAUACUCAAUAUUAUCACUAAUAUUAUCCUAAAUAUGGAGAAUCCUUCAAACCUGACAUCCUUAAUGAGCAGUAGUUGGUGGAGGGAUUGUAUUACGAGGUUAUACUCCCUCCUGGAAAAGGAGGUUAAGAGUGGCGACGUGUAUAAUGAAAAUGGAGAUAGUACAACUCUUCAUAUGUCCAAAUUCUAUAAUUUUUUUGGAUUAGUCCGAAAUAUUGGUGACAAUGAAUUGGGAGGACUGAUAUCAAGGCUAAUUCAUUCUGACCGUUUGCAAAGUAUACCUAGAGUAAUUUCUAAAGAAAAUAUCGGAAUAGAUAAGGAUGAAUUUACUGCACUUAUGAUGAACUACAAGCUAGAGAAAUGGCUCUUGGAAUUAAAAGAUGAAGUUCUGAAUAUCUUUGAGAAUUUAUUAAUGAUAUAUGGAAACGAUGCCACCAUAGUAAAUGGAGAAAUGCUUAUCCAUUCUUCCAAAUUUUUAUCCAGGGAGCAGGCAUUAAUGGUAGAAAGAUACGUGGGACAAGACUCUCCGAACUUAGACCUUAGAUGCCAUCUUAUUGAACAUACGCUAACCAUAAUAUACAGGCUGUGGAAAGAUCAUUUCAAGCAGUUACGUGAAGAACAAAUUAAGCAGGUAGAAAGUCAACUGAUCAUGUCCUUAUGGAGGUUUCUCGUUUGCCAAACUGAGUCUGUGACGGCGAACGAAAGAGAAAUGAGGGAUCACCGGCACCUUGUAGAUAGUUUGCAUGAUCUAACAAUCAAGGAUCAAGCCUCUUACUACGAAGACGCCUUUGAGGAAUUACCAGAAUAUAUCGAAGAGGAAUUGAAGAUGGAGCUAAACAAUAGAACCGCAAGGAUAAUGCAAGUGAAAUACGAUGAAAAAUUUCAAGAAAUGGCAAGAACUAUUCUUGAGUCAAAAUCAUUUGAUCUAACCACAUUAGAAGAAGCUGAUUCGUUGUAUAUUUCAAUGGGUCUGUAG